CUCAGACACACUCACGCUGUCUCUCCUCACGUGCGCACAACAAACUCACACUUUCCCUGGAGACACUCACACUCUCCCACACGCUCACACACACACACCCGCGCGCGCUCACACACACACGCACACACACACGCUGACAGACUUCUUCAGCAGGCAAAUCAUGGCACACAGGGCCACAUCUGGAUGGGCGUUAGCCCUCAACACCACCCCGACCCCCCUGGGCAUCCAGCCCAACGCCACGGGCUCAUUUACGGAGGUGUCCCGGGUCACGCAAAUGGUGGUCACCGUGCUCAUCUUCCUGGUGGGCAUCCCCCUGAACGCCCUGGUGGUGUGGAUCCUGGGGGUGCGGGGUGGCCGGCGGAACGGGCGCGCGAGGGAGGAGGCGCGGGGCGCCAGCAGCUUCCGGGUCUACGUGGUCAACCUGGCGCUAGCCGACCUGGUGCUGGUGCUGCGGACGCCGCUCAUGCUGGGCUACCUGGCGGACGGCGGCAGCUGGCCGUUCGGCCUGGGCGCCUGCCGACUGGUCAUGUUUCUCCGCGGGCUGGGUCUUUACGCCAACGCCUUCCUGCUGUGCGCCAUCUCCCUGGAGCGCUGCCUCUGUCUGCUGCGGCCGGUCUGGUUCCGCCUGCGCCGCCCGCGCUGGACCGUCCCGCUCAUCUGCGCCGUGCUCUGGGUGCUGGCGGCGUCCCUCAGCACCCCCUACAUCAGCACCGCCACCCUGUUCGUCCUCAACAACCGCAACCAGUGCUGGGAGAGCGCCAAGCCUGUGCAGACCCUCUUCAUCAUGGAGACCACCAUGGGCUUCCUGCUGCCCCUGCUCCUCUUCCUCUCCAGCAACCUGGUGGUGCUGCUGACCGCCCGGCUGGCGGGGGGUGCGGUGCCUGGUGGCGGCAGCGGUGCGCCCUGUACCACCUCGCUGCGCCUGGUGCGGCUCUACCGCGUGCUCUUCCUCACCAUGCUGCUCUUCCUCACCUGCUGGGUGCCCUAUUUCACCUGCCGCUUCCUGAAGGCGCUGGCAGACGUCCGGCCCAGCUCGAAGCACCUGUACAUGCCCGCCCUCACCGGCAUGUACGUGUCGCUCUACCUGGUCUACGUGAAGAGCGCGCUGAACCCCACGCUGUACGUGUUUGCCGCCCGCGGCCUCAGCCGCACCGUCCGCGCCUCCUUCUUCUCCGCCGUCGACCGCAUCUUCAACGACGACACGUCCGACUACGCCCGGCGGAAGUCCCUGCGGAGGACGGACUCGCAGUUCUAGUGGCCGCUGGCUCUGCGUGGCCGGCCGUGUUGGCACACUUCGGCCCAGUUGCACUAGUUAGACUAGCACCCCUCGGCACUGUUGGAUUGGUUAGACUGGCACCGUUCAGCAAUUUUGGACAGGACAUACUGGCACACUUCAGCAGUUUUGGACUGGCCAUACUGGCACACUUCGGCCCUGUUUGGAUUGAUUAGACUGGCACACUUCGGCCCUGUUUGGAUUGAUUAGACUGGCACACUUCGGUCCUGUUGCACUGGCACGCUGUUACAGUCUAACCCUCUCUGGGUGCUCUCGUUCUGCCUCUUGGGUCAUGGCAUUUGCAUGGUCAGGUUCUACGAGCUGCGGGCACAGCAGACCCACACUGGUUUGGAGGACAGGAACAUUUAUCCUGCAAAAAUCUUUCUGACUCUAUCAAACUCAUAUGCUGCACUGCGUUGCGAUUGUUACU